AUGCCGCAGGAUUUCUAUUUCGAGGUUUGUCGCGGCAAGACGCACAUCUAUCUCGACACGAAAGCCACCGCGUGCGUGUUGGAUCUCAAAUUCAUGCUCGAAGGCAUUCUCAAGCGGCGAACUCACGAUUUCGAGUUGUGGGGCACCAAAGAAGACGGCACGCGUUUCCUUCUUCAAGACAAUCUCACACUAGCCGAGUCCGGCUACACAGUGAGCAACGCGAAGCCCGAAGCGCCGGCGAUCAUCGGCCUCGUCAUCAAAGGCGAAGACACCGGCGUCGACAUCACGCCCGUCUCGAAGCCUCCACAAAUGAAUCUACCAGUCGAGCAACCGGCCGCCGAAUAA